AUGGCACCUCGUAAGCCUACCUCCAAGCCAAAGCACGCCCCCUCACCACCUGCCGCGAAACAGCAGGUGCGCACUGCAAGUGGUCAAGAGCGGCAACCAACUGAAAAAGAGAACUACCAUCUCAGCGAAUCCCAACAUGUUGUCCAUCGCCAAGAAAUCAAGGAAACCCGGACGGCAAAACAGAAGAAGAAGGCCUUAAAGGUUGCCUACCAAGGGCAUCCUGACGUCUUCGAGAAAGAGCCGUCAGAGCUCCUUAGCGAUAUGGACAGGCAAGAAGACACAAUGUUCUCUGAUCACAGUGUUGAUACAAGGUUGUCCAACACUGAUAGCCUGACAUUCAGUACAGGGAAAAUCCCUCUGAGGUUGCGCAACCCAUCCAUACCUACAACUAAAGGACCAAAAGCGCCGCAUAAUGUUGACGAGUCAACAGACGACGAUGACGACGACGCUGCCGACGAUGACGACGAUGAUGAUGACGAACAGUUGCCUGCAGCUCGAGGGACCAACGACUUUGAUGAAAUCUCAAAAGAGAUUCUCAUAACUGCUUGCUCCGUUUAUCGGUGUCUCAUCGUCACACAGGCACCUUUUCCAGAUUCCAUUGCAGCUGAGACAAAACUGGCGAAAGAGGUCUGGCACGAGGCAUGUCAACUCAAAGGUGUUGACGUCAAACUGACCCCUUCGGCAGUGAAUAUGCUAUUAAAACGCGCUUCACACGUGCAAGGUGAACUCAAGAUGAAGAUGCGUCCGCUCACGGCUUCAUUUCACGGCUUCCGCUCAAGUAAUUCUAUGGAGGUGAUAAGGUCAAACCGAGAUCUCGCGGAGAGAUUGAAAAUUGGCUCGAUCUUUGUUUUCAAGGACCUGUCAUCGAAGUCAGGCAUCUACAAGACCGAGUUGCUUCAACAGGGUAUCAAUGGCAUGUGGUUCUUGAACCGAAGUGACGAGGGUGUCAUCUACCACAAAUACUUCGACCCCAUCCCUAUCAAAACUAUUGCGCUCGUGCUUACAGCUAUAGAAUGUUGUGUUGAUGAGUGGUCGCAAGGCAUCAAAGAGGACAUCAAGUUCACAUCUGCUAGUUAUGGGGCCGUCUACAACCAUCAUUUCAGCUCACUGCAACACUUUGAUGAGCGCACUGCACCUUACAAACUCCUCUCGAAAAUUCGUAUCAAUCUGCAUGAUACAGCACACUUCCAUGCAGGUGUCGCAUCACUCAUUCCAUUGUCGGCUACAUCCCAGGCCCACAUCGACGACACAGCAUUUGAAGACACUAUUCGAGAGUACCAGUGUGAGGGGAAGGAUGCGGCAGUCGAGGAUGAGGUCGAGGAGUAUGAGUAUCCUAGUAGCGAGGGUGGGGAUGAUGAAUAG